AUGGCAAACUAUAAUCUUCUCCAUCUUCUACUUCUACUGCUAGCGAAUGGUUUGCUCUUCCGAUCGACGACAUACGCUGUUGAUUUCGUCUUCAACGGCUUCAACUCCUCCAAUCUCUUACUCUACGGCAACGCAACGCUCGUAUCCGGUGUUCUCACCCUCACCAAUGUCUCUCAUUUCCACACUGGCCGGGCCCUUUACACCUCGAAGAUCCCCACAAGAAUUCCCAACUCUUCUAUAGUCCUUCCCUUCUAUACCUCUUUCAUCUUCUCGAUUGAACCCAACAAGGACCAACUCUCCGGCCACGGCUUUGUGUUCAUCUUUGCUCCCCACAUCGGCAUCGAUGGCACCAGUUCGUCUCAAAAUCUUGGCCUCUUUAACCAGACGGACAACGGCGACCCCAACAACCACGUGCUCGGUGUUGAAUUCGACGUGUUCAGAAAUCAAGAGUUCAGUGACGUCGAUGACAACCACGUUGGUAUUGACGUGAAUUCCCUCACGUCGGUAACAGCCGCAACGGCAGGUUACUGGGGUGACAAGAAGAGCAGUCAAGAGGAGACCUUUCAUGAAUUGAAGCUAAAGAGUGGCGUCAAUUAUCAAGUCUGGAUUGAUUACUCGAAUUCUCUGCUAAAUGUUACCAUGGUGCGGGCUGGACUGAGAAGGCCUCAGCGACCUUUAAUUAGUAUUCCUCUCAAUCUCUCUGAUGUUCUUCUGGAUGAAAUGUAUGUUGGUUUCACUGCGGCGACAGGACAGUUAGUUGAGUAUCAUAGAAUUCUUUCUUGGAGCUUUAGUAAUUCAAAGUUUUCCAUUGGAGAUUCGUUGGUUACUUCAAACUUACCGUCCUUUGUUCAUUCUACGGAUUCUAUUCUUCAGUCCAACAAAUUCAUUGCUGGAAUAAUAAUAGUCACAAUUGUGUUGGCCAGCGCCUGUUGCGCCGUGACAUCUCUGUUAAUAAUUAAAAGGAGGAGGAGGAAGAUGAAGCAAAGAAGGGAGGUGGAAGAAUGGGAGUUGGAGUAUUGGCCCCAUCGAGUUGAUUAUCAGGAGAUUCAUGCAGCAACCAAGGGGUUCUCUGAAGAAAAUGUAAUUGGGUUUUCAGGGAACGGAAAAGUCUAUAAAGGGGUUUUGACAGGCGGAGAGGAGGUAGCUGUGAAGCGAAUUUUGAACCAGACUGGUGAAGGAAUGAAGGAAUUCUUGGCGGAGCUGUCGAGCCUCGGCCGCUUGAGGCAUAGAAACUUGGUAAGGUUAAGAGGCUGGUGCAAAAGAGAGAAUGAAAGCUUGAUCUUGCUUUAUGAUUAUAUGGAGAAUGGUAGCUUGGAUAAGAGGGUGUUUGACGAAUGUGAUGAGAGUUUGAUGUUGGGUUGGGAAGAAAGGCUGAGAGUGUUGAAGGAUGUGGCUGCUGGGGUCUUGUAUUUGCAUGAAGGCUGGGAAGCCAGAGUCCUGCACAGAGACAUCAAGGCUAGUAAUGUGUUGCUGGACAGAGAAAUGAACGGGAGGUUGGGAGAUUUUGGGCUGGCUUACAUUCAUGGGCGCAACCAGGUAGCCGCCACAACACGCGUGGUUGGAACUGUGGGCUAUAUGGCGCCCGAGUUGGUGCGGAGUGGGCGGGCAUCCACGCAGACUGAUGUGUUCUGCUUCGGUGUCUUGAUUCUUGAAGUUGUGUGUGGACGGAGGCCUAUACAGGAGGGGAAACCACCUUUGGUUGAUUGGGUGGAGGGACUAGUGGAGCGAGGUGAGUUGCCGUUGGCACUAGACAAGCGGUUGAUGGCUAAGGAAAGGCACGACGUUGAGGAGAUAGAGAGGGUGCUUCGUUUGGGGUUGUUGUGUGCAAGCCCUGACCCACAUGCUCGGCCGAAGAUGAGACAGGUUGUGAAGGUGUUGGAGGGAAGAGAUGAGGCGGAGGAGUCUGAUCAAGGACAAGGAAUGGAGAUACAUCUGCUUGGCAACAUGAAUUCAACCCCAGAAUUGCCAGAGUUUCGUAGCUUGGAUCAAAGAAUGCACUACCCUUUUCGACAGUCGCUCUCAUCGUCAAUCUCUGUCACAACUAUCUCAGGAUCCAUUCUGGAGGGUCGAUGA